AUGAGUCAUACAAAAGAAGAUAAAAAUGAUAUUAUAUUAAAUAAAAAUGAAGGCGAAGAUGAUAUAAAGAAUAAUUAUAUUUUACUGUACAAAUCUUUUGAUGACUUUAAAAUUAAUUAUUCUUAUAAAACCAAAAACACGUUUGAUGAAAAUGAUAAGAUUAAGGAAGAAGAUGAUCAUGAAAUAAAAAGAAAAUUAAUAAAUUUAAUAAACACUAAUUUUUAUAUAGAUAGAUUUUUACAUUUCAAAAAAGUCAGUAUAAAUGAUUUGUAUAAAACCUUUUUAUAUUCCAAUUUUUUAACUAAAGCAUUAAUUUUGUAUCCUUCUUUAAUGCCUUAUAUUGAAUGUAUUAUAGAGAAAAUAAAAAAAAUAAAAAACGAAAAUGUUACAUUUUUUCCAGCUAUUGAACAGUUCAAUUUUUCUUUAGAACAUGUAGUAAAUGGUUAUAAAACAGGGAAACAAAUGUUUAAUUAUGACCCGAACUUUUAUACUAAUUAUUAUCACAGUUUGAUGAAAAAUGAUAAUAUCCCUUGUAUAAAUCAAACAAACAUUUUUGAUAAUAACAUAAAAAAUAAGUACAUGUUGGAUAAUAAAAUUGGAAGUACAUCAUUACAUAAUAAUGAGAACAAUAAUGAUAAUAAUAAUAAUGAUAAUAAUAAUAAUAAUAAUAAUGAUAAUAAUAAUAAUAAUAAUAAUAAUAAUAAUAAUAAUAAUAAUGAUAAUAAUAAUGAUAAGUUUAUGAAUACAUAUUAUGCAUCUUCCAGGGGAAGUCAAAUAUAUAAUUUAUUUCAAGACAUAAAUAACAAUCAUCAUAAUAACAAUAUUAAUAAAUACGUUAAUUAUAAUAUGCACAAUAAAAAUAAUUUAGAAGAAGCAAGAAGGUUUCCAAAUAAUGAAUAUAGAAAUAUAACUAUCCCAAAUAAUUUGAAUAACAAUAAUAUACAUAUGAACAAUAUAUAUCCUGAACUAAAUAAUACAUAUCAUUUAAAUAAUACACAUGCACCCAAUCUACAAAAUAAUUAUAAUCAUAACAAUAAUUUUGAUCAUUCUAUGAAAAAUAUUCAAAAUGAAACCAUUAACAAUAACAACAAUAAUAAUAAUAACAACAAUAAUAAUAACAAUAAUAAUAAUAACAAUAAUAAUAAUAAUAAGAUCUCUAACAUAUACUCUCCAGAAUUAGAUACACAUUUACGUGUUUAUAAAAAUAUUAAUGAAUAUGAUAUUAUAGAAUUGAAAAUAUGCACGACAUUAAACAAUAAAUAUAUAUGCCGAUAUAUAGGUAUUCAUAGUGGUAUGACUUUGUAUAAUAUUCACAGAUGCAUUUGUAUAUGCUUAGGAGUAAAGAAAGAAGAUACAGAUAAUUAUUUACAUGUAUUUAUUCUAAAUAAUGGAAAUAUAUAUGGUAGUGGGAAGAAAUGUAGUGUUAGUAUUAUAAGAAAGAUACAAAUAAAUACCGAUCGACAUAUUACAUUCAAGCAUAUAAUCAAAACACCUUUGUAUUUAUAUAAAUCAAAAGAAGAUAAAAACAAAAACAAUACGGAUAAUAAGAAUGAUAAUAGUAAUAGUAAUGGUAAUAAUAAUAAUAAUAGUAGUGGUAAUAAUAAUAAUAGUAAUAAUAAUAAUUAUUAUAAAAAUGAAAAACAACUGAAUAAUUCUUCAUCUCUUGAGCAUUCCAGUAUUAUUAACAAUAAUGAAAAUAUUCUUAAUAAUAUAAAUAACAACCAUAUUAAUAAUAUUACAGAUUUAAAUAAUAUGAACGUAGACAAAAGCAACAUGAAAGAAAAUAAUAAUAUAAUACAUCAUAUAAACAACAACAAUAAUAACAAUAAUAAUAACAAUAAUAAUAACAAUAAUAAUAACAAUAAUAAUAAUAAUAAUAAUAAUAAUAAUAAUAAUAAUAACAAUAACUAUGUUAACAAUUCAAUGAACAGAUUAUAUACUAAUAAUGCUAGUUUUUCUGAGGAUUCUCAAAAAGGGAACCCUUUAGAAUCAUGCAAUCAUUUAAACCAUAUGAAUAAUUUUUUGAAUGUAAAUAAUUUUACAAGCUCAUAUAAUUUCUCUAAUAUAAAUAAUAUGGAAACUAAUAUAUAUAACAAUAUAGCAUGUAAUAAUAUCAACAAAAAUAUAAAUAAUAACAUGAAUGAUAUAUCCAUUAAACAUAACAAUAUGUUUAAUAACAUGAAUUAUAUAAAUCAAUUAGAUAAUGAUUCUUAUAUGCAAAAUAAUUUAUAUAAAAAUCAUAUGAACAUAAAUCCAAACAUUUUAUAUAAUAAUUCUAUGAUGAAUAAUAUUAACAAUGUACAAAUAAAUAAUUUAUCAACACCAAAUAAUAAAAAUGAUGAUAAUAAUAUAAUCAAUCAUGAUGGUCAUAAUGAUAGUGAUAGUAGUCAUAUAACAUUAAACAAAAGCGAUAAAAAUAAAAACGAUUUUUCAUUGAAUCCAAAAUAUGACUUUCAUCAAAAUCAUAAUAUAAACAAUAAUAACCCAAACAAUUUAAAUGAAAAAAUAAAUGAACAAAAUGAUAAUAUUAAAGAAAUAAAAAAUAUAGAAUUAUUAAAUAAUGGAAUAUCGUCUAUUGAAAACACUAAUGAUAAUUCAUAUUCCAAGUAUAUUACUUCUUCUGAUAUAUCACGAAAAAAUACAGUCAAUUCUUUUCUACAUAAUAAGCAGGAGGACGUAAAUUGUGUGAACAACAAUAUGAUACUUGAUAAUAAUAAUAAUGAUAAUAUUAAUAAUAAUAAUAUUAAUAAUAAUAAUAUUAAUAAUAUUUGUAUUCCGAGUGGAUACAAUACAAAAGAAUAUAAAUAUAACACUUGCAAUUAUCCAAAUAAUGCUAACCAUAUAUACAAUAAUAUGAACAUUUCAUAUAAUAACAACAAAAAUACCUACAACAAUAAUUAUGUUCCAUAUAAUAAUUUUCAUACUCCUUACUAUAAUAAUUAUAUGGCACAUAAUAAUUUCAAUAAUCCUUACAAUAUAUAUGAUAACAUGCAAAAUACAGAACAAAAACAAUUAUGUAAUAUAAAUCAAAAUGAUGAAACACAAAACAAUUCAUUUAAUCAUAUUAAUACAGAUACUCAUAAAGUUGUAAAUUCAAAUAAUUUUCAGCCUAUAAACACAUUUCAUUAUAACAACAACUUAAAUCAUAACAUAUUAACACCAUCAAAUAAUUUAAAUAGAAAAAAUGAAAGUGAUCAUAUUCCUUCUAGUUAUUCUCAAAUUAAUAAUCAUCAAAUAUAUAAAAAAGCGGAAGAAUAUUCUUUCAAUCCUAUAAACCAAAACAACAACAACAACAACGUUAAUGACAGUAUGAUGAUGUUAAUGGAUGCAUCAAAUAAUAUGCCCAUAAAUAAUAAUACUUAUAAUUGCAAUAAUAAAGAAAUAAUAUAUAAACAUACUAUCAAUAAUGAUAUCAAUCAAAAGGAUAAUACCAAGGAUGAUGGAAAUUUAAAUAAUUCAUCUGAUAAUACACAAAAUAAGGAAACAUUUUGCAAUCAAGUUAUUUUAAAUAGUUCUAUUAUAAAUAAUGCAGGUUCCUACUCAUUUCAAAAUAUGAAUGAUUUAUAUGAAGAAAAAAAAAAUAUGGAAUAUAAUGAUGAUAACAUUUACAAAAUAAAUGACAGUACAGAAAAUAUAGGAAACCAACACAACAACAAUAAAACAAAUAUAUAUAACCAGAAAAAUAAAAGUUCUGAACACCAUACAGAUCAUAAUGUUGAACAAAUAUAUGAACAAAAUAAUAAUGAUGAAACAAUAAAAAACAAUACUGUAGAAAUAUUUAAAAGUAAUGAAAACGAGCUUUACAACUCAAAUAAUUUCAUAUCAAAAACAAAACAUGAAACAAACAACAUCUUAAACAAUAUCAACAUAAAUAUAAAAGAAGAAAUGAAUGGACACAAAAUAAAUGAACUACAAGGGAAAAAAUCAAACAAAAUAGAUAUUGAAGAAAAGAACUGUUUAAUAACAAAAUAUGGUAAUGAAAACCAUAAUAUAUAUAGUAAAAAUAAUUCAAAUAUAUUUUUAAAUAAUAAAAAUAAUGACAUAGUUAUAUGUAAUAAUCAUAAUAAUUCAUCAGAUGUUCAUGAAAAUUUUAAUAAUAUGAAUGAAAGUAUGAUAAAUGAAAAUAAUUUAAUAAUUCCUCAAAAUGAAAAUUUAAAGAAUACAAAUGAAGAAUAUUUUACUAAUGAUCUUAAAAAAAAAGCGUCCUUAGAAAAAAAUAUAGCAGAUUCAAAUUUUCUGAUCAAAGUAAAUAAUGAAAUUAAAAAAGAAGAAGAAAAUAAAAAUAAUAUAAAUAUAUUUAUCAAUAACAAUAUAUAUGAAUUAAAAGAAAAUAAUGAAAAUAAAAAUAAAUUAGAUCAUUUUUAUAGUACAAAUACUAAAGAUGAUAAAGAAAAUAUAACAAAUGUAUAUUCAAACAAUCAUUUAAGUGUACCUUUAAAUAAAUAUAAUGAUGAAGACAAACAACUAAUAAAACAAAUCAAUCAUGAUUCAAGUAUGAAUUCUAUAUAUGAUUAUAAUUGUAUAAAUAAUUAUUAUAGUUCUAUAAAUUCUCAACAAUUAAUAAGGAAUAAUACGGAAAAUUUACAUUCAUUUAAGAAAGAGACAUAUUCAUCGUGUGAAAAAAAAUAUAUAAAAAGUGAGAUAAAUAACAAGAACAAUUCAGUAUGCUUCCAAAAUAAAUAUGAUUACAUAUACACAAAUAAUUUAAAUAUGGAACAUAUACAAAUUAAUAAUAUAGAAGAAGAAAAAAUAAAAAAAGAAAAAGAUGAAGAAAUACAGGGACAAAUUAUUGAAGUAGAACAUAAUAAAAAACUUCAUAAUAAUACAACUGAGGAAAAUAAAAUUGUACUUAAUCAAAACACUCAAAUAAAUCAUGAUGCAGAUAUGAAUAUAAAUAUUAAAAAUAAUAAUAAUAAUAAUAAUAAUAAUAAUAAUAAUCAAUUUGUGAUCCCUAACACUUUAAAGGAAAAAUAUCAAAAUAAUAUCAACACAAAUGAGAAAAAUAAUAAAAAUGAAGAAAACAAGAAUAAUGAUAUAAUAAACAAUACUUCCAAUAUGGUUAAUGAUAAUAAGUUAAUACAAAAUGAUAUAAAUAAUAUGAACAAUAAUGAAAAUGAAGGUUUAUAUAUAAAUGUACAUACACAAUAUAAAUCUGAUAAUAGGACAUCAGCUGAAAAAAAUAUCAUGACAUUAAAUUAUAAUAAUAAUAAUAAUAAUAAUAUUGAUUUAUAUGAUUGUCAUAAUGAUAGUAUGAAAAUAAAUGACAUCAAUAAGGAUACAACAGCAAAUUCCACACCAUAUAGUAACCAUAAUAUUAUAUCAAAUGAUUGCUCACCUAAUAAUAUUAAUAAAGAUAUUUUUGUAGAUUCAAAUAAUUGUAUAUAUAAUAACAAACAUACAAAUUAUAAUGCAUAUCAUGAAGAUAAUUUACAAAUUUUAUGUAAUCAAAAUUCAUCAUCUCUUUUGAGAAAUACCAAUGAAUUAUUAUCUAAUCAAUAUGACAAUGAAAAAAAUAUAGAAACAUAUGAGAAUGAUGUUGUAAAAAAUGUAGAAGCACAUCAUAAUGAUGAUGAAAAAAAUGUAGAAACAUACAAUAAUGAUAAUUAUAAUAAUAAUUAUUAUUUUAAUGGAAAUAAUAAUAUUCAAGAUGAAUCCUUUUAUUCAAAUAACUCUCAUCAGAAAUACAAUCAAAAUAACAUAGAAUAUAUAACAAAUGAUGAUAAGAAUUAUUCUCAUAUACAACAAUAUACAAAUGGUUUGUGUUAUACAAAUAAUAAUCAAUAUAUAAAUAACCCAGAUAUAACUAAUAAUAGUACAUAUAUAUAUAAUAACUCAUAUAUUAAUAAUAAUACAUGUUCAUUUAAUAAAGAAUAUUCUAAUAAUAAUAUGUGUCAUAAUAAAAAUGAUAACAUUCAUAUGCUUAAUGAUACAGCAACAAAGAUUAACUAUCAUCCUAUUAACAUGUACAAUAUUAGUAAUAAUAAUAAUAAUAUUAACAACAACCAAAUAUAUGACAACAAUAUUAAUAACAUGUACAAUAAUUAUUAUAAUUAUAAUAAUAAUAAUAUGUACAACAAUUAUUAUAAUUAUAAUAAUAAUAAUAUGUACAAUAAUUAUUAUAGCUAUAGUAAUAAAAAUUUUUAUAUGAAUGAACAAAAUACAGAUGGUGCGGCAAAUUUUAUCUACACAGAUGAUCUCAAAGAAGUAGGAAAAGAAAAUAAUACUCAUACAUUAAAUAACAGUUCUAUAAACCAAACAGAAUAUCAUUCAAAAAUUAAUAAUAAUGAUGAUAAUAAUAACAAUGAUGAUAACAAUAACAAUGAUGAUAAUAACAACAAUAAUAAUAACAACAAUAAUAAUAAUAAUAAUAACAAUGAUGAUAAUAAUAAUAAUAUGAUGAUGAUGAUGAAUCACCAUUAUCAUCCUUUAGUAUAUGAAAAUCAAUAUAAUAAAAAUAUACAUAUGAUAAACCAACAAAUACAAAAUGAGACAAAUACUAGUUUUAAACAUAUAACAUGUAAUAACAAUUUUAUUGAAAAUAAUAAGAUAAACAUAAUAAAUGAUCAAAAUGUUAUUCAUAUGCCUAUUUCAUAUACUAUGAAUAAAGAACAAUAUAUCAACAUAUCUAACCAUAAUAAUAUGUGUAAUUAUAAUAACAUCAAUUCAAUUAAUGCGUAUGAAAAUAAUAAUGAAUAUAUAUUGCAAAAGAAUAUGUUAUAUAAAAGUGAAGAAAAAGAAAAUAUUUAUAAUUCGUCAUCUAUAUAUAAACAAAAUCAUGAACAAAAAUAUAUUAAUUAUAUAAAUAAUGGUAACUAUAUAAUGAAUAAUUGCAUGAACGAUUAUCACAAUAAUUAUAAUGUACAAAAUUUCAGAUCUUUUAAAAAUAAUGACUUCCAACAAAAUUUAUCUUAUUCAAACGCUUCUGAAGCUAUGCUAAAUGUAAGUGAAUUUAAUCAAGGAAUAAAUAAAACAGAAUUUCAAGGAGAAUACCUUUCUAAUUUGGUAAAUGCAAAUAAAGAUAGUGUUAAUAAUAUAAAAGCUAUGCUGGAUAAAAAAAAUGAUAAUAAUGAGGAAGAAAAUUAUGAGGCAGAAAAUAAUGAAGAAGAAAAUGAAGAGGAAGAAAAUGAAGAGGAAGAAAAUGAUGAUGAAGAAAAUAAUGAGGUACAAAAUAAUGAGGUACAAAAUAAUGAGGUACAAAAUAGUGAGGUACAAAAUAGUGAGGUACAAAAUAAUGAGGUACAAAAUAAUGAGGUACAAAAUAAUGAGGUACAAAAUAAUGAGGUACAAAAUAAUGAGGUACAAAAUAAUGAGGUACAAAAUAAAGAAAUACGAAACAAUAAUGGAUAUAAUAAUAAUAACAUUUUUUAUAAUAAAAAGAAUUCACAAAAAAUAUGCCAUGAUGACAUUACCUUAAAUGAAUGUCUCAAUUCUAUUGAUAUAAACGAAGGAGAAAAAAAAAAAUUUGAAGAAAAUAAAUCAAGUUUUUCUAUGUUAUAUUUAUUUGGAAAAGUAAAAUUUUAUAUUAGUAUUAUUGACAUUAUACAUAAUAAAACUAAUUCUCAUGAUUUAUUAUGGGUUCCUAGAUGCUGUAAUGGAAGUUAUGGUACAUUCUUAAAACAUAAUUAUUCAAAUAUGAAUGAAAUAAAUAAAUAUACACAUGAUGAAGAAAUCGAUAUAGAUUCUAUUAAUUUGAAAUUAAUGGAAACCAGAUUCAGCAAAAAUGUAGCUAGCUCCAGAACAACAAAAAGAAAAAGAAUGAUAGAUAUAGAUAAAACAGUUUUACAUUAUUAUAAAGAACAUAUAAGUGAAUUCUUUAAUGAUAAAAAUAAAAUUAUAAAAUUAACAAAAAAACUUUGUAAAUAUAAAAAAAAAAGAAAAUUUAAUGAUACACAAAAAAAGGGAACAUACAAAGAUGAAAAAGAUUAUGAUAAUUGUGAUGUACAUCAGAAUGGAAAUGAACACCACCAUGAAAAUGAUAUACAAGACGAUAACAAUAAUAAUGAUGAUAAUAAUGACAACAACAAUAAUAAUAAGAAGAAGACCAAGGGUAAGAAUAUCGCUAAAGGAAAAAAACAAACUGCUAAUCGAAUGAAUAAUACUAAAAAUGUUCAAAAUGCAAAAAACACAAAAAAUAAUAAAAAUAUAAAUAAUACAAAUAAUAUGAGUAAUAUAGAAAGUAUAAAUAGCAUAAAAAGUGUGGAUACUGAAAAUAGAAUGAACAACAUAGUUAAUAUGAAUGGUAUAAAUAAAACGGAAAGUAUAAGUAAAAUGGACAAUACACAUAAUAUGAAUAAUAUAAACAAUAUAAACGGCAUAAAUAAUAUGAACAAUAUGAAUAAUAUGAACAGUAUGAAUAGUUUAAACAAUAAAAAUAAUAUGAACCCUAUAAAUCAUUACAAUAAUGAAAAACAAAAUAUACUUAACAACAAUCUUCAAUUUAAUCAAGUGAAUUAUAAUAAUAACCUUGUAAAUGGUCUUCAAAAAAACAAUUUUUUAAACAAUAAUAAUUAUAAUAAUAUUACAGAUAUAAAUGGAAAUAAUAUGAUUAGUCAUAAUGAUCAUAUCAACAAUAAAUUAUAUAGUAAUAUAAAUAAUAAUUAUUAUUAUAAUAGGGCUAACAAUAUAAUACCUAAUAAUACUAAUAAUAAUAAUAAUGGUAACAUAUAUGAAUCUAAAUGCCAAAACAUGAUUCAUAACAACAACAUAGGACAUGAUCUAAAACAACAAAUAAUUAAUUAUAAUGAAAAUACAAAUUCUAAUAAUAAUAUGAGUAUACCUCAAUUACUUGAGGGGAAUAAACAUUUUAUAAAUAUUUCUAAUACAUUUAUCAAUCCGAAUUAUUCUAAUGAUAUUCAUCAAACAAAUGAAUUAUCAGUUAAUCAAAAUAAUGUAGACGCGGAAAUUUUGUCUAAUAAUAUUAAUAAAAAUACAUAUAAAGAAAAAUAA